GUGUCACGGCCUGUGGCCCGCCCAAACCGGCGCUUGCGCCCCCGCACUCCCUGAUUCCGUCCUCAUCCGGCCUCCCUUCCAUCCAUCCAUCCAUCCCGCCCCCGCCCCAAGAACCCCUCAACGGGCCAUUCUGCGUCAUGUCCACCGGCCUGGUCCAGCGUCGAAGAGGAGGAGGAGGAGGAGGAGAUUCUGGAGAUAACCAGGAUUUUGACAUCCCCUCCGCCUCCGUCCGGAAGCAGAGCUUCGAAACCCCCCCUGCAGCAGGCGCUGACAGGUCCACAACUGCUGCAAGCUAUGACGAGGACAAUGGCAAAGGCGCCAAGCUCGACAAGAACAAGCUGACGCUUAUGGAGGAGGUUCUGCUUCUGGGACUGAAGGACUCUCAACCGUGCGUCCUCUGGGCGCCUCUGGGCGCCUCUGAUAUCCUUGCCUGGGCGCUGGCCGCGGAUGUUGCAUUCCAAACGGCGCUGACCCCCAGUACCCAUUCUGUUGCGCUGGCUCGCCAGGGAUAUCUGUCGUUCUGGAAUGACAACAUAUCAUAUGUCUUGCGAGGCGCCAUCCUGAUGGAGCUCUCCUUCCGAGGUCGCAUUGGCACUAUAAAGGAUAUUCGCAAGCGCCCCUUUGUCGAACGCCUCGUCGAGGUCGUGGAUGAUCGAAGCACUGGCGAGGUCUUGUUGGACGAGGCUGUGAGGAUUAUGAAGCAAGACAAGCAAAGCGUUGGCAACUGGAUCGACUUGAUGAGUGGCGAAACGUGGAAUCUCAUGAAGAUCGGAUUUCAGCUCAAGCAGGUUCGCGAACGUAUUGCCAAGGGUUUGGUCGACAAAGGUGUCUUGCGAACCGAGAAACGAAACUUUGUUCUCUUCGAUAUGGCCACACAUCCCGUUGCCGACCACAGCGCCAAGGAAAUCCUGAUCAAGAGAAUCGUCGAUGCUUUGCUUGGCCGUGGCCCCAUCCCGGACAGAAGGACAAUCGCCUUGGUUUGCGCCGCCUAUGCUGCCAAUGUUCUCGAGAACGCCCUGGUUGGAUUGAGCCAUUCGCAGCGAGAGGUUGCGUACGAAAAGGUCGACGAGAUCAUCCUGGAGCACGCCUCGCUGACGGACAAAGCCAAGAGCAUGGGGACAACAGAGAUCAUGGCUGGAGUGCUAUCAGUGUACCAAAAGAUGGACUCGAUCUUGUAG